CCGGGCACUUCCGGCUGGCGGCGGCGGCGGGAGGAUUCGAUCAUGGCCGCGGCCGCCGCCGCCUCCCUCCCGGCGCCGCCGCCGCCGCCGCGGCCCACCCCAACCCCGCUGUUCGCCCGCUGGCUCCGGGAGUGGCGGGACGAGGCGCAGGGGACGUGGGCGAGGGGCACCUAUGAGAGGGCCCUGCGCUCGCUCUCCCCGGUUCCCGCUCCCCGCUCCGUUCCGGCCGCGCCGCCGCCAUCUUGCAGCACUUUGGCCCCUCCCUCUGCGCCCGCCUCGACCAACGGCUGAGCCAGCACCG